AUGGCCACCGGCGAGGGCGCAGAUAGAGGUGUUAUUGCACGUGUGGCUCUGACAAUCGCAAUAGCGUCGAUCAUGAAAGCAGAGGAAGCUGUGAAGAUGGCAGUGCCGGGCGGCAAGGUGCAGGCCCAAGCCGAGGCGAGAUCUCUCCAGCAACAACCUCACGGAGAUACCAGAAGGCGCAUUUUCGACAAUGGCAAACCUAACAGAGCUGUGAGUACGCGCGGCGGCGGCGGCGUCUUAUUGAAUCGCGUGCGCUCCCGCUCGCCGCCGCCUGGCGCCCAACCCCGCCCACGGGGAUCGAACCCGUUGUCCGGCGAGAGUUUACUGCCGGCCGGGCCCGCCGGUGCGUGA